AUGGCAAGUCUUCCGGUUGACGUUCUAAUGGAGAUUUUCUUGUGGCUCUCUGCAAAAACUUUGGUCCGAUUUAGAUGUGUAUGUAAAUCUUGGAAUUCUCUUCUCAUAAGCCCCUUUUUCAUCAAAGCUUAUCUUGAGAGAUCGAUCAAAUUGCACAAAUUUUAUCUUCUUAAGGACGACUUCAACUUUUCGCGAAUACAGAUCCACGAUUGUCACAAAAGUGAACUAUCGGAUCUGGACACUUCAUUUGUGGAAGAUGGCCAACAAUUCAAAUUAGUUGGUUCUUGCAACGGGGUCGUUUGUUUGUCCAAUUUUGGCCAUGGGUACACUCGCCACUCAAAGAUCUAUCUAUGGAACCCGUCAACGGGUGAAAACAGAGCCCUUCCGCAAGCCAACUCGCAUGUGUGCAACGUGGUUGGAUUCGGGUUCGAUCCCUCAAGUGGUCAUCUAGAUGAUUUUAAAGUGGUCAGCCUGAGUAUAUAUUUUGAAGGACCUUCGGACCACACCUCCCAAGUGGAGGUUUAUUAUGGUUUUAGAAGAAAUUGUUGGAAACAAGUCGGCGACAUUUUCCCUGCAUCGUUUGCGCAUUGCUUGCACCAUCAAGUUAUCUUGGAGAAUUUCAUCUGUUGGUGCCCUUUUCAUCCCCUCAACGAUGAGUCAUCGUUGAUCCUAUUUGACGUAGUUAAAGAUGUUUUCCAAAGAAUAGCAGUUCCAGAUGUACUGCCUCUUGCACAGAAAUAUAUCAACUUACUGGAUGGAUGCUUGUCUCUGAUAGCAUACAACUCACUAACCCAACUGUUUGACGUAUGGCUAAUGAAAGAGUUUGGCGCCUGCGAAUCUUGGACCAAGUUGUACACAAUUGGAGCGCCUGCGGACGGAUCUUUGGGUUAUUGGCCAGUGGGGUCUGCGAAUUCUGGAGAAAUUCUAUUCUCAAAGGCACUUGAAAGCGGUAUAGCGAAGAGACAUUGGGUUCUGCUUCUAUACAACGUGGGAAGUGAAGAGUUUGAGGAAUUUGGAGUCGAACUUGAUUCUUGCUUCAACGUUCGAGUGGUUCCUUUUAUAGAGAGUUUGAUUUCUCUCUCGUCCACAAACAAUGUUGAGCAUUAG